AUGACUCUUGCGUGGUCCCACCUGGCAUGGCAACGUGCCGACUCCGAAGUUGGUGACUGGGUUGAAGCGGGCCCAAUCCCACCCUUUUCUGAGGACAACAUUGAGUGA